AUCAGAAUGGCUGUACCAUGAGCGUCGGGAUGGAUAACAGGUGUCAGAAAUUUCAUCGGGAAGUUACAACAUACUGAAACCAUACCACCGAGUAUAACUGAUAACCAGUACCUUCAUGAAAUAUCUACAAUGAAUGAAGACAGGUCAUUGCAUAAUGCAAACAUGGCCGACAGUAGAAGAGAUUCAGGUCAAAGCUUUUCUCUUCGUCUCGGAAAUCUUCAAAUGCCAAUUCAAAUUCAGAAUCGUCUGCCUCUUGGGAGAAACAUGACAAGCAUGGCUCAGGGCUUCCUGCCCAAUUUCCAACAAUCACCACGAACAACAGGUGCACCAGCGCUGUCAGCAUCAGUGAUCUCGGAGCCAUCAGCUGUCAUUGACAUGUCGUCAUUGGGUGCAAUAAACUCCCAGGCAACUAUUCAUCCUCAACAGCACAUGAUGUAUGCAGACAGCCAUGAUCAUGGUCAUGGACACGGGCAUGGACACGGGCAUGGACAUGGACACGGGCAUGCCCACAUGGCACCGAUGCAAGAUGAGAACCAAAACCAUAAUGUAAUGGCAGACAAUCCGAAUCCAUUGAAUGAGCUUCAACCGAAUGACUGGAGACCGUUUCUGCUCUGGUUCCAGAAGUGUGGAAUUUUCUUUGUGCUUCUCUUCAUGAAACUGAUGUAUGACCAUAGAUUAGGAUUACUGGUUUUCUUUGCCUUGGGUGGAACAUUUUAUUAUGCUAAUCUGAAGCUUGUACAGUUCAUACAUCAGACUGCAGUGAGGGAGAGUCGAGCUCUGUGGGCAGUCUUCCAGCCUCUGUGGCUCAUAUGUUUCCUCGCAGUUAACAUUGCUAUACUCUACUAUGCAUUCUCAGAACAAAAUAUUUGGAAGCUAUUGAUGUUCAAGAUGCCUCAUGUGAAUGAGGUGGACAUCUGGACACUGCUGUGGAUAGUCCUACUGACUGACUACAUCAUCAAGUUCUCCACAGUCAUACUGAAGUCAUUUAUUGCCAUGGUGCCUCUCCAGUGUCUGCCCCACAAAAGGAGGGGCAAAUAUUUUAUGUUUGUGGAGCACGUGUCUCAGUGUUACCGUCACCUUAUACCCAUAAUUCCUUGGAUACACUUCCUGUCUGAUGAUCAGCAGUCAGCUCGCUGGUUUUCCAUCUUGUGUGUCAUUGUAUACGGCGUCUUCAAACUUAGCAUUCUUUGGGGACUGUGGUGUGAGCUAGUCAAAGCCUUCAACAGACUCCGUGUUCAAGCAAAUUUUGGUGUGAAACCUACGCCAAGUGAGUUGAAGAAUCGAGGAGAACAUUGUCCAAUAUGCCAGGAUGAUUAUAAGGAGCCGGUCAUGCUUACAUGUAAACAUGUAUUCUGUGAAGACUGUGUGUCACUGUGGUUUGACCGAGAACGAACUUGUCCCAUGUGUCGGGCCCAGAUUACAGACAAUCCCCAUUUCCAGGACGGGAGUACAAGUUUCCAUCUGCAGUGGUAUUAAUACCUCCUUAGUGGUAUCCAUACCAAUGAUGCUCAGUCUUUGUCAUAGUCUCAACAUAUUGCCACUGAGUGACGUCUCCAGAAUAUUGCUGAUGUUGCUGUUUAAUAUAUUUAUUCCGACGGAGAGAAUUGUGAUCAGUUGCUUUUGUUAAUGACCACUGAAGUUUUUAUUGCUGAUGUCAGCAAUGUUACAGCUAUAUUAUGGCACCUGUAAAUAAUCAAGUCUGGCCGAGAAAGCCAUUACCUUGAUUAUCUGUAUUUUAUGUAUUCCUUCUGUUGUGAUAUGUACCCCAUCUUUCCGGGGCAAGAGAGUUGACUGACUUUAAAAGUCCAGUUUCCACCCUUGCCGAACUAGGCUGGUAUUAUGGAGUAACAUUUUGGCUGGACUAACGAGUGUAUGCAUAGUCCAAUCAAAUUCGAGCAACGAAAUCGAA